AUGAAGAUUGAGUUAAAAGAGAUCAAAAUCAUCGAAUAACAAAUAAAGAAAGACUCGGAGGCUAGAAUAGGAACUAUAGUUUAAGUAAUCAUGCAACAGUACUCUUUAUUAUAUAUAGAUAGUAGUAAAAUAGACAAUUAAAUGUUUAAUAGAGAAUAAAGGACUGGCUCAGAGUGCGAAUCAAGUUAUGACAAGAAAUGA